GCAGAAUUAGACGUAGAUUCUUUUCUCCUGCUCACCUCUAGUGCCCGGCCUGGAUCUCUUCCCCGCGAGAGUUCUAUACCCAACUCACCGUGGCACCUAGAGCCAGUCGUUGCCUGUCGCUGGCCUCAGUUUUCCUUCUAGGAGCCAUGUCCACAUUGUUUCCCUCACUCUUCCCCCGUGUGACUGAGACACUGUGGUUUAAUCUGGAUCGACCCUGUGUGGAGGAGACAGAGCUGCAGCAGCAAGAACAGCAGCAUCAGGCCUGGCUCCAGAGCAUUGCAGAGAAAGACAACAACCUGGUACCUAUUGGCAAGCCGGCCUCAGAGCACUAUGAUGACGAGGAAGAGGAAGAUGAAGACGACGACGAGGACAGUGAAGAGGACUCGGAGGAUGAUGAGGACAUGCAGGACAUGGAUGAGAUGAAUGACUACAAUGAGUCACCUGACGAUGGAGAGGUCAAUGAGCCUCCUCUCCAGGUGGACAUGGAAGGCAACGAGCAGGAUCAGGACCAGUGGAUGAUCUAGGUAGACAAGGCAGGGUGGUCUCAGGAAGACUCCAAGCCCGCCCAACCUAUCCUGGAGCCCCUGCGGACCCAGCUGAUCACCCAACCCCCCCUGCCCCGGUGCCUGAAAGCUCACCCUCGGGCACCUCCUUAGCUGCUGCCAGCACCUGGUAUCCUUGGCUCCUCCCAGGCCAUCAGUCUGCCCUUGAAUCUGCAGAGCCUGAGCCCACCCCACCUUUCUGGCCAGCACCUCAUCCCUUGGUUGCCAGAUCUAGUGUCUUUCUAACUCUCUUUAAUAAAGACACAGGACUGAUUUUUUUUCCCCA